AUGUCAUUUAUAAACAUAGUACACGAAAAGAUAAUUGUAUUUUAUCCAGAUCCAGUGCCAAAAAUACACAAUAGAACUGUUGAACGAGUGAAAAGCCAAAUAUUUAAAAAAGUUAAAAAUUCAGAAAAUGGAGUAAGAGACAUUAAAAUCGAAGGAUAUUCUUUACACUUUUUGUCGGAUAAUACAAAAACAACUGGAGCAUUUCUAAUCACCAUAGGAGAAAACUAUCCAACAAGAUUUGCAAAUAGCCUAUUAAGUGAACUGGUCAAACUAGUUCUCACGAACGGAUAUAAAAAAAAUGAUACCAAUUAUGGUCUUCAAAAUCAGCUAAAACUUGAUUUGGCUCAAAUAUUUAACAAAUUUGAUAAAGUUGUCGAAACGGAUGGAGUUACAAUAGUUAAGAUAAAGACGGAUUAUGCCAAGGCUAAGGUAGACCAGAGUCUUCAAGAAGUGUUUAAAAGCGUUGGAAACGUAAAACUACUGCAAGAAAGCUCCGUGAAACUUGCGGACAAAUCUCAAGGGAUGCUCGAAUCGACUAAGAAAUUGAGUUCAUUUUAUACAAACAGGAGACUCUUCGCUAUCCUUGGAAUAACUCUCGGUUCAGUUGCAGUGGUUGGCACAGUUGUAGGUCUGGCAAUUUACUUCAGAAAGAAGGCUUAA